AUGCAGCUUGUGGAAUCGGCUGCCAAGCUAGCAUUUGCUCACGACUUUAUCACUCAACUACCCGAUGGUUAUCAAACCAGAAUAGGCGAAAGAGGUGGUCUCCUAUCAGGUGGCCAGAAGCAACGUGUUGCCAUUGCACGGAGCAUUAUCUCAGAGCCCAAGAUUCUUCUUCUUGAUGAAGCGACAAGUGCCUUAGAUCCACAUGCUGAGGGCAUUGUGCAGCAAGCUUUGGACAACGCAUCCCGUGACCGAACGACCAUCGUCAUUGCUCACAAGUUAGCAACCAUUCGCGGCGCGGACAACAUCGUCGUGAUGUCCAAAGGUGACAUCGUCGAGCAAGGCACGCACGAGUCACUUCUUGCACGAGAUGGCGCGUACGCGCGGCUCGUCAAAGCUCAGAAUCUUUCGCCAACUUUUGGUAGCAGCAACGAAGACUCAGACGUUGAUCCUGAUCCUAAGGAUAAUGAGGUUGAACUCAAAGAGGAUAUAAUCCGUACAGUGACAAGGUGUUCCACGACCGAGCAAAAUGGCCUUUUAACUCGAAAGGAACACGAUAACUACGACAACCACAACCAGUUUGGGGUCAUCAGUGCCGUUCUCAAGACUGCUAAAGCUACACCAGAGUUAAAUACAGCGUACCUGAUUUUACUUGUGGCUUGUGCCAUUGGUGGUAAGCCAGCUGAAUCACAAUCUUAUUGCGGAGCGAAUACCUGA